GGGGGGGGGGGGGGGGGAGGCUCUUCUACAUGCCUUACUGGGCUUCCGAGGCUGGUCUCGGGAUAUUUGACACCGACCUCCAAAAGCUUCUCGUCCACCGCAAACUCGAACUAAUCUGUCUCGUCAAUACCCCCGCCCCCUCCCCACUAAGCCGAGAGGCUCGUUCUACCUAGGAGGUCGGCUUACCAGCUGCGUUUCCCCUGAUUCGGUGCUUGUUUUACUCUCGUUGACGAGCCUCGUGUGUCUGGGAAAAUCCGGGUCACGGCUUUAUCUUAAAAGACACUCCCCCUUGCUUGCUCUCCAUUGUCGCCCAGUGCCAUUCUAUCCUCAUCCUUUUCCGUGGUAUUAUCUCCAGGACACCCGCAUACACGUACAGACACACAGGCACACGCAAAGAAAACCAGACAUAGACUCACACCGGGACAAUGGCGUCUGUGAGAUCUUUCCCCUCCAUCAAGGAGAUCCGGACGUUCGUCAUUGGGGGCGUCGGCUCAGGCGGGGAUUACCACAACGUCAAGGGCGGCCACUGGCUCAUUGACAGCCCCAUCUCCACUCCAUGUUCGCGUUGGGAGCAGUACCGCAACUCGAGAACGAGCUGGGGUAUCAACGUUCUCGGCUCUUUCCUUAUUGAGAUUGAAGCGACCGACGGCACCGUCGGCCUUGCCACUGGUUUUGGAGGCCCUCCAGCUUGCUGGCUCGUCCACCAACACUUCGAGCGUUUUCUCCUGGGUGCUGACCCACGCAACACGAACCUAUUGUUCGAGCAGAUGUACAGAGGCUCCAUGUUCUACGGCCGAAAGGGUCUCCCUCUUGCCGUUAUCUCCGUCAUCGAUCUAGCCAUCUGGGACUUGCUCGGCAAGCUGAGGAAUGAGCCCGUAUAUAAACUGAUUGGGGGUGCCACCAAGGAGCGUCUCGACUUUUACUGCACCGGUCCCGAGCCUAGUGCGGCCAAGGAAAUGGGCUUUUGGGGCGGCAAGGUUCCUCUCCCCUACUGCCCGGAGGAAGGCCAUGUCGGUCUCAAGAAGAACGUCGAAUUCCUGCGCAAGCAUCGCGAGAGCGUCGGUCCCGAUUUCCCCAUCAUGGUUGACUGCUACAUGAGUCUCAACGUUCCAUACACCAUUGAGAUUGUUAAGGCCUGCGAAGACCUGAACAUCAACUGGUGGGAGGAGUGUCUGUCGCCCGACGACACGGAUGGUUUUGAGCAGAUCAAACGUGCACACCCGACGAUCAAGUUCACAACGGGAGAGCACGAGUACUCCCGUUUUGGGUUCCGCAAGCUCAUCGAGGGCCGCAAUCUGGACAUUAUCCAGCCGGACGUCAUGUGGCUCGGCGGUCUCACGGAGCUGCUCAGGGUGUCGGCGAUGGCUUCUGCAUACGACAUCCCCGUCGUCCCGCACGCCAGUGGCCCCUACAGUUACCACUUUGUCAUGUCGCAGCCCAACACGCCGUUUCAGGAGUAUCUGGCCAACUCGCCCGACGGCAAGAGCGUGCUGCCCGUCUUUGGAGACCUGUUCCUUGACGAACCCAUUCCCACCAAGGGCUUCCUGACGACGGCGGACCUCGACAAGCCUGGCUUUGGACUCACGAUCAACCCGGCAGUGAGGUCGAAGCUCAUCUCGGGCAGGUCACUGCUCAACGUCAACCCCGAGAGACCGCUUAAGCCAGCGGAGGGGACGGAGACGAGUGAAACGAAAGGCCUUGUGCAUGACGUGACGACAAAGGUGCAGGAUCUCACGACUUCUUCGAAAUAGGGAAAGCAUAGGAGUUACGCCGCGACGACGAUAGACCAAGGAAACGGUCGGGGGGAGGGCGCUAGCUAAACAUCAUCUAAUCCGUCGCGGCCAUGUAUUGUGUAGCGCAGGUUGCUCAACAAAAUCACACUAGAAAAAACCCUACUGAGUUUUCGACAACAACAUGAGACACACACACACACACAUAGAGAGAGAGAGAGAGAGAGAGAGAUUGUGUGCGUGCACCCUGAUCGCGCGGUAUCCCGGAGCAGCUAUAAAGAUGAUAUUUUAUCAGCAAGCACAGAAACUUGUUUGCAUGCAGGCAAGUGUCUUGGACAAGAAUAAUAACAGUAAGGGGUAGGCGGGCUGAACUGCGAGGGUUGAGCCAGCCUGGUCAAGUGCGCAUGAUGCACGAGGAUUUCCGGAUGUUGCUUGCUGUCAAGGUACACCGGCUUGCAUCGCAGUAGCAGUCGGGGGGAAGGAAG